AUUCUGUUGUCUGGUUUUGAUUUGAUCUUCUUCCGACUUCUGUUUUUUGUUUUAAGCCUUUGGAAAAUGGACAUUCAACCUCCAUUUACUCCUACUGCCCUCUAAUCCAAAAACAAACAUAAAAACGAGAUGGGGCAUGAGAGAGACUGGGUGUUGACAACUUCCACGUCGCUUCUCAUCCAGUCGUGGGUUGUGGAAUGAGUGAAUCCCUGAUGGGUUUCUAAGAGGAGGUGGCAGAGAAUUACUUUCAUUUUUGAGGUUUCUUUUUAUAACUGAGGGUUGCUAAGUUGUACUUCAUUAUUCAAUUAAACUUGUGCUCUGUUGUUUAUGAAACUGCUGGGAAUGGGAGCAAAUAUGCAGUAUGAUGGCUAUUUCCCAAGAUAUUACCCUACCAUGGAUCUUAAUAUGGAUGCUAAUAGCAGCACAUGGCCCCUACACAAUAUUAGUAAAAUGUUGGAGCAUGGACACCACUACAAUGGUUUUUUGUCACCUUUCUCUGCUGACCAGGUUUUAGGGUACAAGAAGGAAGUAUUAAAGCAGACAAUGCUCAAGCAUGAAACCAUGUUCAGGGAUCAGAUCCAUGAGCUUCAUCGCCUUUAUGGAAGACAGAGGGAGUUGAUGCAUGAAAUGCGAAGGAAUGAAUUAGAUAAAUGCAAUGUAAGGUUGGAGAUGGCACAGUCAAAUUCUGUUUUAUCUCAUGUCUCAACUGAGUAUGCCCAAAAGACAUGUCAUGCCCCCAGGUUGCCUUGGGUAAACCCUGCUUGUGGUGGAUUAUCCAUUUUAGGUGUUGAAAAUGUCCAGUUGCCUUUGAGUUCUCUUCAAGGGAAGUGUAUGCAAAGAUGUCCUGAUCCUGCACAAACUGAAGGCUGUUUGAAAAACUUCGAGCUAUUGGAAUCUAAGUACAAGAAAAUUGGGAAAAAAAUAUUGGAUCUUCAACUUCCAGCUGAUGUGUACAUUGACAGCGAAGAAGAGGAACUAUUGGAAGAUGAAAAGGUUCAUGAAGUGCCUGAUGUGUCAAAUUAUCCUUCAGAGGGGGUUACUCAGGUUAUGUGCAAGGAUGAUGUAAAACCAUUUCUUGGCAGCAUUGAACUUAACGAUAUUUUCCACGAGCAAGCAUCCACUUCAUUAUUGAAGAAAUCCACAGGUUUGGCUGACCUAAACGAUCCAGUUAAGCCUGAGGAAGAAGCAGCUCCUAAUUCUGAUUUUGUUUGCUCUACUAGUCACCAGAUUCCAUGCCUUGAUCUUUCUCAAAAGACCAAAUCGGCCAUCCAAAUUUCGUCUGAGGAAAUUGUCCAAACUACCCAUACUAGAUGGGAUCUCGAAUCUUGCUCAGAUGUUCUAGUGCCAGAAAAGAAAGAAAGAAACCCGGGGUGGCCAUCCUUCGAUGAUGAAGCUGGUUUUGAUGCAGAAAAGUUAUCCAUGUUGUAUGAAUCCUCACAAGAGGAGAUUAAGCAAGCUCAUCAACCUCCAAUAUUUCAUUUAUUAAAUCGGAGUUUCCAAAAAUCAGAGAGUAAAAGAACGAGUUUCAGUUUUGAGAGCUUUGGAAGGAAUCAUAGUCCCCCCAGUGAGAUUCAACCUGGACCAAGUGAUGCCUCUUACAUGUGCACUUCACAUGAGCUCAUUUCCCAGGCUGAUAUGGCAAUUUCUGGGUUAUCUCCAGCUGAGUCUUGUAGAAAACCUGCAUGUGACAUGGUGCGAAAUCCUAUUUCUGUUCCAGCACUACCAUGUUUUAACACUUCUGCAUCUCUGGGUGGAAAUUCUCAAACGUCAAUCGGAAGGCCUGGGUUUGAUGGAGAGAAGUUUCAUACCAACAAAAGUUUAAGAUCUAGCAUACAAUGUGAAAGUGUGGGUUUCCUUCAGGGCGGCUUUUGCAAAAACAGCUACGAUUCAGGGUCCAACAGAUCAAUGGCUCAUUCACCAUCCAUCAGCUUUGAUAAUGUGAACAACAACAACAAUGAUUUAGCAUCUGAACACCAAGCCCUUGCAAACUGCAUUCAGGGUUCCAUGGAUAUGAAGUCUUCCAAGGACAUAAACUUGAAUUUUAUGCCUAAUUCCUGUUCUUUGGAUGUGGAUGAUUCUCAGAGUAUUCAGUGCACAGAUGGAAAAGAGAUGCUUGGAGAAUUAACAGGAGGCUUGCAUGGUGUGAGAUCCACUAAAGGAAGUGAGGAUUCAACUCAGGUAGAUUCUGUCCUUUUAAGAACUUAUUCAGAAUGUGUUCCUGAUGUUGAGUCAAAGAAUAUUGAGGCAAAUAACUCCAUUGAUAAUAGAAGAAUCCUUGACCUUCCCAUUUAUGACAAGGGUUGUAUAUCCUAUGAUCAGUGUUCUUCUCAUGCCUCCCUAUCUGGAGACGAAAUAGAUAACACUGAGAAAGAUGGGUUAAUUGACACAAACUUGACUUGCGAUCCCGUGCAUGACUCGGGAAAGUGUCCAACUGCAAAUGAGAAUGUACUAGAGAAUGGAGUUGAUGAAAGAGAUGUAGGCUUUGGAGGUCACAUUGACCUGAAUUCGUGCGGAAAUGACGACAAGUCUUCUCCGAUGCACUUUUUCUCAACAGAAAUUGAUCUUGUGCCUGCAAGUCCAGAAAACAAGGAGUGUUCUCCACCCAGAGGAGAAUCUGAUGAAAACCAACUUGAGACAACUUUUCAAUUGUCAGGACAGGAAGAUACGGAUCUCCGAAAGGAACUAGUGAGGACUGCAGCAGAGGCUAUAGUUUCCAUUUCAUCAUCUGUGGUUGAAAUUUGUCUUGAAAAUACCACUUGCAAGCCACUUGAAGCUUCUUCAACCGACUCCCUACACUGGUUUGCAGGGAUAGUUUCUUCAGUGGUGGGUGAUAACGAGUUUGGAGUAGUUUUAAGUGGUAAGAACGGUGAUCAUCAUGACGAGUCUCUGCCCGACGGAAUGGAUUACUUUGAGGCCAUGACAUUAAAGCUUACAGAGACAAAACUGGAAGAGUGCUGCUGUAAGAGUAGUAUCCAGAAAGAGGAAGAAAGAGGUGCCAUUAUAUUGCCAAGUCAGCCGAGGAAGGGCCGGACAAGGCGGGGGAGGCAGCGGAAGGACUUCCAAAGCGAAAUUCUUCCAAGCAUUGCCUCUUUGUCAAGGCAUGAGGUGACUGAGGAUCUCCAAACAAUAGGAGGCCUAAUGGAGGCUGCUGGUAGUCGUUGGGAAACAGGUUCUUUGAGAAAUAAAGGUAGAAGUGGGAGGAGAAGGUCUUGUGUCUCUGCUUCCAGCUUUACAGAGAAUACGGUGGGGUCGCCCUUGAAGCAGCCACCUGGCAACAGUGGAUUGGGCAUUGAGGAGAGAAGCCUAAUAGGCUGGGGGAAGAUAACCAGGAGGCGUAGAGGCAGAUGUCCGGUUAGGAAUCCUCAGCUUAUUUUAGGCCAAAUAUAGUAAAGAGUGAUUUCCAAUGAUCCUGUAUUUCUAUGGUUUUCGGAUGAGCUGUUUUGUGGACCAUCGGAUUUCUUGUAAAUGUAUUUCAAACUAUAUAUAAUAUAUUCAACUA